AUGAUGGGUUUGGUUUUGUGGGACCUACUCUGCGUGCUGCUCUGUGCCCCGGUCCUCCUCGCAGCGUGUCCGGCGCGGUGCGAAUGUUCGGAACCUGCGCUAACGGUAAAGUGCGUUUCCAAGGACCUCCAAAACAUUCCGACGGGGAUUCCCGGAUACACCAGGAAUCUGUUCAUCACGGGAAACCACAUCAGCAGAAUCGGACCCGAGUCAUUUAAAGGACUCGAUAACCUGACCACGCUGUCAUUAAGUAACAACGGGAUCAGAGAGCUGGAGUCCCAGGCAUUCUCCAGCCUGCACAGCCUGCUCCAUCUGGACCUGAGCAGCAACCAGCUGACUCUCAUCCACCCCGAGGCCUUUGUGAUCCCGGGCGGGGCGUUGCGAGAGCUCAACCUGAGCGGCGCCCUCCUCCACCACUCCUCCGGCACCGACCUGGCCCGUUCGCUCCGCUGGGGCACCCUGGGAGAACUGCGCAGGCUGGACCUGUCGGGGAACGGCCUGGCGCACCUCCCCUCCUGCAUGUUUUCCCACCUCCCCAGCCUCCGCCGCCUACGGCUGGCCAACAACUCCCUGGUGGUGCUGAAGAACGGCACCUUCUCCGGCCUUGAGUGGCUGGAGGAGCUGGACCUGACCCGCAACUCCUUCAGAACCUUCCAGGGGGAGAGCCUAGGGGAGCUGGAGGCCCUUCCCAGUGCCCAGCUCUUCCUGGGCCAGAACCCCUUCACUUGCUCCUGCUCCAUCGAGGACUUCGCCCGCUGGCUCAACAGCUCGCACGGUCGGGUGGCCGAUGUGGCCCGCCUGGUGUGCGCCUUCCCCACCGAGCUGCAGAACACCUCCCUGCUGGAGACGGACGAGCUGGACCGGGCCUGCAGGGCCAGCCAGGGCACGGACCUCACACUGCAGACCUCCUACGUCUUCCUGGGGGUGGUGCUGGGAUUCGUGGGCGUGGUCUUCCUCUUUGUGCUCUACCUCAACCGCAAGGGCAUCAAGAGGUGGAUGUUCGACACACGGGACGCCUGCAGGGAGGCGCUGGAGGGGUACCACUACCGCAUGGAGAUCGAUUCGGACCCACGCCUGGCACAGGUCUCCACCACUUCAGACCUGUGA